AAGAAGAAAACGAUAAUUAUGAAGAUCAUCCAAGGGCUUGCAAUAACGAUCUUUAUGGGCUACCUUGUCCUUUGGAUUGUCACACCAACCAGUGUCUAUUAUAAUAAGUGGCUCGUUAGAGAAACAGCACACACCACUUCUACUUAUUUUGAAGCUCAAGGCUCGAUGAUGUUGCUCUACACGUGCCCCAUUUUGCUCAUGGCCAUCAUGGGAAGUGUAUAUAACCAUUUAAGAAAAAGGGCGAGCCAAAACCGAAAUGAAGGAGACAAAAAAGCUACCCAAGAUAACUGGAAUAUAUGGAGAAGGCCAAUGAUCAUCAAAGGUCUCGGGAUCGUCUCGAAAAUCGAGCUCGCGUUCUUUGUUAUGUUUAUAGCUCUCAUUGUCUGGUCUUUCACGUCAUACUUACAUGUUGGUUUUGCCUAUAUUACCCCUGCAAUAGCUGCAGAAUACGGAGAGAAAGUUUGGGAAAUGAAGUUGGAUACAGUGGCUCUACGGUUCGGGUUAGUUGGUAAUUUAUGUCUAGCAUUCCUGUUCUUUCCAGUGACUCGAGGAUCGACUAUAUUGUCGCUGUUCGGGCUGACUUCUGAGGCUAGCAUCAAGUAUCACAUAUGGCUUGGGCAUAUUGUUAUGACCAUCUUCACUGCUCAUGGUGUUUGUUACAUUAUUUAUUGGAUCAUAAUGAAGCAGACAUCAGAGAUGAUGAAAUGGGCAAAAACCGAGAUAUCGAAUGUAGCGGGGGAGUUGUCUUUGAUAGCAGGAUUAAUAAUGUGGGCAACAACGUUUCCUAGGAUUCGACGUAAGAUGUUUGAGGUUUUCUUCUACACGCAUCACUUAUACAUCCUCUUCGUCGUGUUCUACGUGUUCCAUGUUGGCAUAGCGUAUGCCUCCACAAUACUCCCCGGAUUCUACCUCUUCAUGAUUGAUCGAUUCUUGAGAUUUUUGCAAUCAAGAGGGAAUGUUCGUUUGGUUUCUGCGCGUGUUCUUCCAUGUGAAACUCUCGAGCUCAACUUCUCCAAGAGCAAAGGUCUCGAGUAUACACCAACAAGCAUCAUAUUCAUCAAUGUCCCAAGCAUUUCAAAGGCUCAAUGGCAUCCAUUCACCGUUACUUCAAGUAGCAAUUUGGAGCCUGAAAAGCUAAGUGUUAUGAUCAAAAGUGAAGGGAGUUGGUCUAGAAAACUCUACCAAUUGUUAUCAUCCCCGAAUUCUAUUGAUCGGCUCGAUGUGUGUGUUGAAGGACCUUAUGGACCUAUCUCUACCAAUUUCCUAAGGCACGAUAUGUUGGUGAUGGUGAGCGGAGGAAGUGGGAUAACACCGUUUAUCUCAAUAUUUAGGGAGCUUGUUUACACAACCGAAACCCUAAAAUGUAAAGCUCCAAAAAUUCUCUUGAUAAGCGCGUUUAAAGACUCAUCUGAUCUCACCAUGCUAGAAUUGUUAUUACCAUCAUCUGGUGCACCUAUAGAGUUUACCAAAAUAGAGUUACAAAUCGAGGCCUAUGUGACAAGAGAGAAGCAACCCGUGAUUAACGAUAAGAAAGUGAGUACCAUAUGGCUUAAACCAAAACCCUCUGACGCGCCCAUAACUCCUGUUUUAGGAAAAAAUGGUUGGUUAUGGCUUGGCGCGCUUAUUUCAAGUUCUUUUGUGGUUUUCCUUUUGUUUAUGGGAUUUGUAACGCGAUUUUACAUCUAUCCUAUUGAUAAAAACACGAACGAAGUGUACUCAAUGGGAUCAAGGGCCGCGAUAAAUAUGUUGCUCAUUUGUGUGUCUAUAAUGGUAACAUGUUACAUGGGUUUUUGGUGGAACAAGAAGAGAAAUGCUAUAGAUUCGAAUCAAAUUCAAAACAUGGAGGGGGCAACACCCACUAGCACACCUAACUCGUGGUUCUAUAACGCGGAUAGAGAGCUUGAAAGCGUGCCCCAAGAACCGCUCUUUCAGUCUACCAAUGUGCAUUUUGGCGAAAGGCCGGAUCUUAAAAGAAUUUUGUUUGAGCAAAAAGCAUCAAGUGUUGGAGUUCUUGUUUGUGGGCCAAAGAAAAUGAGGCAUGAGGUUGCAAACAUAUGUUCAUCUGGAUUGGCUUCAAACUUGCAUUUUGAGUCCAUAAGUUUCAGUUGGUGAUUGGCUUUUGCAAAUUACAAGAUAUGGUGUGCCACAAGUUUUUUGUUUUUUUUUUCCAUUAAUCCCCACUUUUAUGUUUUAACGAUUCAAAAUUUAAGGCUUGGAUUUUGUUCCAAUAGAGCUAUCCAAACAUGGAGAUGUGUGUAUCGAAUACAAGUGUAUGUUUCUUUCCUUUUGUUUGUAAACUUGUAAUACUUGAAUAAACCGGCCUUUUAUUCGCCAAACUCUUUGGAUUUGAA